AUGGACACCACCACGUCCAUCAAGAUGACCACCCUGGCCAUCCAGAACCUGUUCAGCUAUGUGGAGGAGGAGAACCUGGCGGCGCUCAAAGCCCACCUGGACCGGUUCAAGGAGGUGGACGGACGCAGCGACAAUGGUCAGACGCCUCUGAUGCUGGCGGCGGAACAGGGCAGUUUGGAGAUCGUCCAGGAGCUCAUCAGGAGAGGAGCCAACGUCAACCUGGAUGACGUGGACUGCUGGUCGGCUCUGAUCUCGGCGGCUAAAGAAGGUCACGUGGAUGUGGUGAAGGAGCUGCUGGAGAACAGCGCCUACAUUGAACACAGAGACAUGGGCGGUUGGACGGCGCUCACCUGGGCGUCCUACAAAGGUCGUGUGGAGGUCACCGAGCUGCUGCUGGAGCACGGAGCCAACCCCAACACGACAGGACAGCAGUACAGUGUGUACCCCAUCAUCUGGGCGGCGGGACGAGGACACGCCGACAUCGUCAAACUGCUGCUGGAGAACGGAGCCAAAGUCAACUGUUCAGACAAGUAUGGGACCACCCCCCUGAUCUGGGCCGCCCGCAAAGGACACUUCGAUUGCGUGAUGCACCUGUUGGAGAAAGGCGCCGACGUGGACCAGGAGGGGGCGAACUCUAUGACGGCGCUGAUCGUAGCGGUGAAGGGCGGAUACACCGAGGUGGUGAAGGAGCUGCUGAAGAGGAACCCCAACGUCAACAUGACCGACAAAGACGGAAACACAGCGCUCAUGAUCGCCGCCAAGGAGGGGUACACCGAGAUCGUCCAGGACCUGCUGGACGCUGGGACCUACGUCAACAUCCCAGACCGGAGCGGUGAUACAGUGCUGAUCGGAGCGGUGAGGGGGGGUCACGUGGAGAUCGUCAGAGCUUUGCUCCAUAAGUACGCCGACAUCGACAUCAGAGGACAGGAGAGUAAAACUGCUCUGUACUGGGCUGUGGAAAAAGGAAACGCCACCAUGGUCAGAGACAUCCUGCAGUGUAACCCCGACACCGAGACCUGCACCAAGGAUGGAGAGACGCCCCUGAUCAAAGCCACCAAGAUGAGGAACAUUGAAAUCGUGGAGCUGCUGUUGGAUAAAGGCGCCAAAGUGUCGGCUGUGGAUAAAAGAGGAGACACGCCUCUGCACAUCGCCAUCCGUGGGCGGAGCCGCCGUUUGGCCGAACUCCUCCUCCGAAACCCUAAAGACGGGCGCCUUCUGUACCGACCGAACAAGGGUGGAGAAACGCCGUACAACAUCGACUGCAGCCACCAAAAGAGCAUUUUGACGCAGAUCUUUGGAGCGCGUCACCUGUCGCCCACUGAGUCAGAUGGAGACAUGUUGGGUUACGACCUGUACAGCUCAGCGCUGGCAGACAUCCUGAGUGAACCCACCAUGCAGCCGCCGAUCUGCGUGGGUCUGUACGCUCAGUGGGGCAGCGGCAAGUCGUUUCUACUGAAGAAACUGGAGGAUGAGAUGAAGACCUUUGCCGGGCAGCAGAUCGAGCCCUUGUUUCAGUUUUCGUGGCUUGUCGUGUUUCUGUCUCUGUUGCUUUGUGGCUCUGUUGCCGUCGUCCUCGGCUUCACUGUUGACCCCAAACUGGCCAUGGCGGUGUCGCUCAGCCUGCUGGCGCUGCUCUACCUGUUCUUUGUGGUGGUGUACUUCGGCGGGCGGAGGGAGGGUGACAGCUGGAACUGGGCGUGGCUGCUCAGUACCCGUCUGGCGCGUCACAUCGGGUAUCUGGAGCUGCUGCUGAAGCUGAUGUUCGUCAACCCUCCGGAGCUGCCGGAGCAGAGCACCAGAGCACUUCCUGUCAGGUUCCUGUUCACAGAUUAUAACCGUCUGUCCAGCGUUGGAGGAGAGACGUCCAUGGCCGAGAUGAUCGCCACGCUGUCGGACGCCUGUGAGAGAGAGUUUGGAUUCCUGGCAACGCGUCUGUUCAGAGUGUUUAAGACGGAGGAGACACAGGGUAAGAGGAAGUGGAAGAAGACGUGCUGCGUGCCGUCCUUCAUCCUGUUCGUCCUGGUCCUGGCGUGUCUGCUGACCGGCAUGGCGCUGCUGGCCGUCUUCAAGGUGGACUCGGAGAACCGCACGGUGAACGCCGUCCUGAUCGCCAUCGGCAGCGUGGUGUGCCUGGCUCUGCUGCUCAACUGCAGGACGUGGUGGCAGGUGACCGACUCAGUGCUGAACUCCCAGAGGAAGAGGCUCCACAGCGCUGCCAACAGGAUGCACAAGUUGAAGAGCGAGGGCUUCAUGAAGGUCCUGAAGAACGAAGUGGAGCUGAUGGCCAAGAUGGCCAAGACCAUUGACGGCUUCACGCAGCAUCAGACUCGGCUGGCGGUCGUCAUCGACGGCCUGGACUCCUGCGAACAGGACAAGGUUCUGCAGAUGCUCGAUACGGUGAGGGUUCUGUUCUCCAAGGGUCCGUUCAUCUCCAUCUUUGCCAGUGACCCUCACAUCAUCAUUAAAGCCAUCAACCAGAACCUCAACAGCGUCCUGCGAGACUCCAACAUCAACGGCCACGACUACAUGAGGAACAUUGUCCACCUGCCCGUCUUCCUCAACAGCAGAGGACUGUCCAGUGCCAGGAAGAUGUGUGCGCCAGCACCGGCCAACGGAGAUGCCGCCAGUGCUGAUGGUUGGCAUGAGGAGCUGGACAGGAAAUUGUCUCAGCACAGUUUGGGAGAACUGACCAAGUUUGGAAGCAAGACGACGCUGAACCGCAGGGACACGUACCGGCGGCGGCAGGUGCAGCGCUCGGUGACGAGGCAGAUGUCGUUCGACCUGACGAAGCUGAUGGUGACGGAGGACUGGUUCAGCGACAUCAGCCCCCAGACGAUGCGGCGGCUGCUGAACAUCGUGUCGGUCACCGGGCGCCUGCUCCGAGCCAAUCAGAUCAACUUCAACUGGGACCGGCUGGCGUCCUGGAUCAACCUGACGGAGCAGUGGCCCUACAGGACAUCCUGGCUCAUCCUGUACCUGGAGGAGACUGACGGAGUCCCAGACCAGGCCACGCUCAAGACCAUCUACGAGAGAGUGUCGAAGAACAUCCCCACCACUAAAGACGUGGAGCCGUUGCUGGAGAUCGACGGUGACGUGCGCAGCUUCGAGGUCUUCCUGUCAUCUCGGACUCCAGUUCUGACGGCGCGAGACAUUCGAACGUUCCUUCCAUGCACCGUCAACCUGGACCCCAAACUCAGAGAGAUCAUCGCAGAUGUUCGAGCAGCCCGGGAGCAGAUGAACAUGGGCGGGGUCACCUAUCCGCCCCUCCCCCUGCAGGAAGCUCAGCCCCGCCCCACCUCGGUGUACAGUCAGGUGUCGUCGGCAUGCUCUCCCUCCGCCUCCUUCAGCGGGCCGUUCAACCAACCACCGGGGGGCGUGGUCUCCCCGCAGCCACACAGCAGCUACUACAGCGGGAUGGCCGGACCGCAACACCCCUUCUACAACCGGCCAUAUUUCCCCCAUCACCUUUACCAGCUGCCACGCCCCCUAGUGGCUGCCUCCUACACAUCACACCUUCCUCCUCCUCUUCCACGACCAAAAACCUACAUCCCCCGGGACGCCGCCGCACCAUAUAAGGUUUCAUCUUUGAAAAGGAAGCAGGGCUCCGCCUCUGUGGUAUCCGGAACUCCGCCCAUCCUCCUCAGCUCGAUGACGACGGAGUCGGUGUGCGAGCGCGUGCGGCAGAUCGAGGGCAUCGACCAGAGCAUGAUGGGACAGUACACCGCCACCAUCAGGAAGGCCAACGUUAACGGUAGAGUUUUAUCUCAGUGCAACAUUGACGAGCUGAAGAAAGAGAUGAGCAUGAACUUCGGGGACUGGCAGCUUUUCCGAGCCACGGUGUUGGACAUGCGUCACAUUGAGAGUCAGGUGCUGCACGAGGAAGCCGCCAGCGAGCAAGGCAGCGUCGUGGGUGGCCCCACUGAGACCACCAGACGCGCCGUGGCUCCGCCCCACGCUGGCGCCGCCAACACUGCCGCUUCGCCCAUGUACAGCUUCAACCUGAGCUUCGAGGAGCUGAGCACUGUGGGAUUGGACGAAGCCCCGCGGCACGGAAACCUGCAGUGGAUGGGUGGCGCUCACCGGACCGCCAGUAUGACCAGUCUGAACUCCCAGGAGUCGUCCAACGACAUCUCCAAGCUGACGGACAAGCAGCAGGCCGAGUACCGCGACGCCUACCAGGAGUACAUCGCUCAGAUGGCACAGCUGGAGAUGGGCGGCGGCGGCGGCGAGAAGCCGGUCCAACCGCAGCCUGGACAGUUCAUGACUCCGCCCGACGAGAAGAGCAAGGACGGCGCCGAUCAGGAUGCGCGCAAGGCCUUCGCCAAGAGGAGCGGCGGCAAAGCGGCGGCCGACAACACCGACUACGCCCCCAACGGCGACGCCCUGGACCCCAUCACUGAGGAGGACGAGAAGGGGGACCACGGAUCCUCCAAGUCUCUGCUGACGCGCAAGACGUCGGCGGAGAGAGGCGGGCUGUUUCAGGGCGCCGCGGACCUGAAGCUGAAGGCGAGCGGCGGGCUGCGUUACCAGAAACUGACCAGUGAUGACGAGGAGUCGGAGGAGUCGGACAACGCCCCCCUGCUGAAGGAUGGGAAGAAGGCGGUCGACCCCAAACUGCCCGGAGGCUCGCUGGCGCUGAAGGGGAAGGACUACCUGUCGGACGCCAUGUUGGACAAGAAGGACUCGUCCGACUCCGGGGUGCGGUCCAACGAGAGCUCACCGAACCACUCGCUGCAGGACGAGGAGGCGGACCUGUCGCAGCUGGAGAGGGCCAACCUCAUCGAGCUGGACGAGGAGGGCGUGGCCCGGAAGCGCGGCCUUCCCAGCAGCCUCAGCGGCCUCCAGGACCCGGCGGUGGCCCGGAUGUCCAUCUGCUCCGAGGACCAGUGCAGCCUGUUGGCCAGCAGCCCCGAGGAGAGCUGGACCUCCUCCAAGACCUACAACCUGAACCGCACACCCAGCAACGUCACACUGAACAACAACACCAACGCCCAGCAGGGAAACCGCCCCCGUCUGCCUGCAGAGGGCUCCACCUCUGGCCCCGCCUCCUCCACCACUGAGGUCAUCAUGCCGCCUGGCUCCGGGUCCACCGGAUCCACCGGGACCACCGGGACCAGACCGGGUCCGAACAACGAGAAUGUCCGAGUGGUCCACCUGAAGAGGGGUCUGAAACCUGGAGACCCUCCAGAGAUCUGCACCGUGUCCUCGGACACCGUCACCUUUGGAGAGGAGAGGGAGAGCAUCCUGUGAAGACCCGCCCUCAGCCCCGCCCCCUCACCUACUGACCAAUCAGGGAGAGCCAAAAACCUCCAACUUAAAUUCACCUUUGGCUAAAAUAAAAAAAUAUCGAGAACCUAAAAUUCUGUUUAACACACGGACGAUGGCGUCAUUAUUGAAGCAGCUUUAGUUUAGACGCUAAAAUGUAUUUUAAUUUAAUUUAUAAAUUAAAUUAAAUUAAAAGUUCAGAGUCCUUAAGAAGAAGAAGAACACUAAUGAGAAGUGAACUAACAUUACCUUUGUUUACCACCAGGUGUCCCCAGAGCACAGAUUCUAUCAGAUCAGCGUAAAUGAUCGUCUUAACUGCGUUUGGUCAGUUUUCAUCUGUGUUUUCACAGUUACAACAAAAUGAAAAUUAAGUAAAACUACAAUAGAAAUUAGUCGACAGAAAUGAGACAGAAAUGUCCGUUUUUAUUAUGUUUAACUUUGGCUAAAACACUAGAUUCACAUGUUUAUAUCAGGACUAGAUAAUGUCUUUGUACUGUUUAUUCAGGCUAAACAGUCUUAUUCCGUCGUCUGUUCAAUCGUGGUGACGUUGGAGUUUGUUCAGUGGGUGAAGUUUUUCAGGCUGAUGGAGGUAAAGGAACACAACGUAGACGUUCAGUAGAUCCAGUAGUCAUGGUUCGUCUUCUGCAUGCUCACACCGUGGUCGUAGUCGUCGUUGCUUUUGUCGUGAUCAGUCGCUAAUAGUAAAAAACUAGACAUGCAAGUAGGUUUACCGAGGCCGAAGAACCAGAACCACAUCAGUCAGAGGUUGAA